CGUACUGUUCUCUACUUUCAUCUCGCCUUCUUCCUAACAGCAUUCCUUCUCGUCCCACCACUGCAGUGGAACGUUACUCCAACUAACAUGUUCUACGCGACAGCAGGCCAGCAAGCAACUCAGCAACCACCAACAUCAAGAAUCGCAGGCUAUCCAAGAAACGGUCCUCCGGGGUUUAGCGUUCGAAGCUCUGAUCCAAACGAUUUUCCUGCUCUUGGAUCACACAAUCAGCACAAUUCGAGCUACAUCGCUCAAAAUCAAGGCGGCCAGAGUUCAGCCAACGCAAGCCAUCAGAACUCACAAUUACAACAACAACAGCACCUGUAUAUGCAACAGCAGCAACAACAACAGCAGCAACAGCUUGGUGUCACCCCUGCACCUCCGCCGGGAAUAUCUGGUCCAACGGCGAGCGCUCCGUCCCAAUCGAAUGGAGGUUUGACAGAAGAGUUUCCUGCUCUCGGAGCAUCCUCAGAAAGCAAGGACGGUCGUAUGGCCAACUUUUUUCGGAAUCCGUCUAGCGUACAUCAACCCAUCCCUUCCUCCCCUUCACCAUUACCCAACGGUACAAGCAAUGCAAGUGCAUCUCAAUCCGCAGAUGCGACUCCUUCAACCAAUCCACCUCACCCUCAAUCAGGGAUAGGCGGGCCAGCAUCUACAACUGAUUCAUGGCAACGACAGUCACCAAGACAUACAGAACCUGUGGUACGGCCAGUACAGCAGAUCCUGAGUUCCCCGGUGGAUAGAUGGGGUUUGAAGGCGCUGUUGUUUGAGAUCCAAAUGCAUAUGAACAAGACGGAUCGCGGCAUGAUGGUGUUUGGAGAAGAUUUGGAGGAACUGGGUGUGGACAUAAACAGCGAGGAAGCGCUCUAUCCUACAUUUGUCACCCCAUGGGCAGAGCCCAACUCAUUACCGCCACCUCAAAUUGAGGAAUCAUUCCACAUUCCUCAGUGCUAUUACGUCCAUGCGCCUCCUGUAGAGUCCAAAUUGCAAAACUUCGCGGAAGAUACUCUUUUCCUUGCUUUUUAUAUGUCUCCUCAAGAUGUUUUGCAGCUCCGGGUCGCGGAGGAACUGUAUGCCCGAGGAUGGCGUUAUCACACAGAAUUACAAACAUGGCUUACCUCUCCUACUCUCGCAAGCAUCGAUCUCUCCAAAGCCGAUCGUUCCAGUGGGCAACCAAACUGGAUCCGUGGUCCAUUCGCAUACCUCGAUACCCGAACAUGGGUUAGGCAAAGAACGGCGGAAGACUUUACCAUCGACGCCAACGUUCUCGAACUUACCAAGCUGGCGGAUGAUGUCAUUCGAGAGGAGGCGGCCAGAAAGGAGGCGCAGAAAAGCCCUGGUGGUGUCCCCGUGAAUGGUCAAAAUCAGGCUCAAAGCCAAGGCCAACAAAAUCAAGGACAGGCGCUUUCGUAUCAACGAUGACCUGCUUAGGAGGAGAUAUACAUGGAGAACGACGAUUCAUGUUUCAUGCCAUCGACUGAACAUUCUCAAUUUUAGAAGGAUGUUGUGCACACUGCGGAACUGACCGUAUGAUGCAAACCGUCCAUGGAAACUUCCGGGAAAGUUGAAUUGUAUCUAUGAUCCUUUGAAAUUAACUAUAUAACUGAUCAUAGGAUAAUUCUUCAUCACAAGUCAAAUUUCGGAGAGUGCAGAGAUAACAUUUAUCUCUAUUGCAAGUUGAUGUCGACCGGUAAAAAAGCAAUGUUUGUUGACGAGGAUCUGACCUUGCUUCGCGUGUUUGCUUCUCGUUGCCUAGUUUGGGGGGGGAACAGUUCCGUUGGCGACAUCAUAGGGAGAGUCGUGGAUCCUUGUACGGACGAACUGGGUCAGCUGUCUUUGGACUGAUCCUGUUCAACAAAUGAUUACUCACGAUGUUCUUCGGAUCUGAUCAACUGAAUUUCUUUUAGCCUCCUCUAGUUUGACAUCUAUUUCCUCUUCUUCGCCUCUCUCUAUGUCUGGCCGAUAGCCAGUCUUGAGCUCAUUAUCUCUAUGUUGCAAUGCUCCGUUGUUUGCAGUGUAGCUAGGGACAUCUGAACUAUUGGUGGACCAUCGCUGACUAUCUUUCCUCUCCCAAAAAUCUCCGGUGACUCCCAAGGUGGCAGCAUCCUCUGGACGGGCUGCGCCAGAAGCCAAGAGUGCCAUAGAACGACGGCGGACCAUAACGGCUUCCUCUCGCCAGUGGGUUUGCGCACCCCGAAGUCGAAGGUCAAGACCCCUGAUUGCUGUACCCAAGGAGAGAAGUGAGAGGAGAGCUGCGACAGCAGUGCUGUAAGGGACGAGGUCAAAUCAAGUUCAGGUGGAGGGAAUCUGAAACUGACUUACGUUUCCAUAGCACGACCACUUUUAGGGUCACCCCCGCCGUUUUGGACGCUCAAGUAUGCGGACCUUCCCAAUCCAAAAGCCAGCCAACAGAGUACGUUACCGAAAAGGCUCACGCAGAGGACGCAAGCUUCUACAAUAGCAAACCUUAGGUGUCUGGUAAUGCUGUCGAGAUCUCGAAUACGGUAGCCGAAAGGUACAAGGACGGUGAGCAAGACCCAGAGGACCAUCACGACGAUCAUCCAGUAACAAGCGAGGGGGAGCAUGAUGCGAACAGUUAGUGCUUCACCGGUGUUGAUCAAGGUGGAAAGAUAUGCGUUUUCACUAAGUCACCCGGUUAAGGUUGUCUGCCGUGCGGAUGAAGGGAAGUCGCUUACCUAAGGGGCGCAUAAGUGCAGUUUGACGUGCCUUGUACUGACUAUCAGGUCAGCAAGCGGACUGCUAUAUUUGCCUUUGUAGAAGGAUCCGACUUACAACACCACCCAAGAACACCAGCGCUCAGAGGCCCAUCGGUUAUGCCAUGACCUUCCACACUGAACCAGUACAUACCCUUGAUCGGCCCAGGUACACUUAACAACACCAGAACCAAGAGUAGCAAGGCCAGGGACGUGAGACCAAGAGAAAGGAACGGUUGCGAAAUCAGAGGGUGAUUGAACGUUUUUUUCAAGGUAAUCAUCUUGACUCUAUUAGAUCACUUCGUGUUGGCUUACACUGCUAAUUUGAGGGAUAAAGGGAUGUGAGAUGAGAUAAUGUGUGCCGUCUUUUGUGUCAAACAAAAGAUACGAGUUCAACUCGAAAGACGAAUGAGAGACAGUGUCCAGUGGAUUGUCUGUCAAUUGCUUUUUUAUAACCUAUACAUAUGACAUUUAUCUCUUAAUGCGUCUCAACCACUGUGGUGCUACUCCUAUGUGUGUUUGAAACGCUGUCUUAACCGUUCUCACGAUAUUACUACAGCGAUCCGAAUGGAGUACAAAGCAAAAAAGCAUCGCAUCUAGAUUUAGCGUCUGACUUACCUUUGAUACGUUUACCCACAAGUUGCCAUCCUUUGUUGGAACUAUUGGAAUUGACCCUCAACGGGCAUAAAGGAUCGUGGCUAGUGAACAGCUACAAGUCAAGCGGCAUCCUUGGAAAAACUAUCUUCCUCGAAUGGGCAGCACAAUCAUGGGAGAUCUUGACGAUACAACAGAAGAGCAGUAAUACUUUUAUUGAUUGUGAAAGGAAAAAAAAGGUAGUCUUCUGAACUGCGGUGACCUCUUCAAAAGUCAGCGAUACAAAGUGUUACUCGUAGUGCUCGCCACUGCUACUGAACAUCUUGCCGCAUCAGGAAAAGCU